AUGGUGAAAGUUCAACAAAAUCCUGAAGAAAAACCUAAAAAGAAAAGAAAGAAGAAAAAGAAGACGAAGACCAUGGAUGAGAUGAUAGGGAAGUUGGCGGCCUCAAAGAUCGCUAAAAUACGAAUUAGAAGGCAUCGAAAGCACAGAAAAUCCCACAGGAAUAUCUCGGGAUUGAGCAAACUAUUGUUGAGGGCCAGAUUGCGCGAGAAGAUGCUGCAGAACAUCAAAAACGACAACAAACUGACUGCACAGUACCGGCAGAUUAUCCGUCAACGAAAAACUGAGUCGAUUCGGUAAAAUUUUUGCAUCUUCCAGAAAUUUUGUCAUGAUGGCCGAUUUUAUAGAAAGUUGACGGAUUUCUGGAAUUUGUGGAGGGGGAUUACGGUAAAAAAAGUUCAUUUGGUAUUUCAGACAAAACCUUCAACUGCUGAUCCCUUUAACACGAGAUUUAUCGGAUGUAAAACACAGAAUCGUCAGUAAAACAAGGAAUGAUAUUAAUGUAGAGGUGCAGAACACGGUCAACCUCAUUGAUGACGUAAGGAGUUAAAUUAUUAAGCAAUAGUCGACAAUUUGCAUCACUGUUAAUGUUAUCCAUUUAUUUUGAUGGCUUAUGACAUUAUUUUAGGUUUAUGACAGUGUAAAUCGCAUAAAUGUGAGUAUGAAAAACAGCGACUUGGACAUGUUGAAACCAGCUGAAGAUGGGCAAACUGCCAAGGAAUGGAUUGCAAAGCUAUUUUUACUGUUCAAAUCGUUUGAUUUCAAAGAAUUGGGGGAUAAAACAAAGUUUUUACCCGAACUCGAAGAUGCCAUGGAGAAUCGAAAAAAAGAUGACGCCAAGCUGGAAGAGAUCAAGACGGAAGAACAAAGACUUUUGGGACAAAAGAAGUCACUGUUGAUGGAAAUUGAGGACGUAAGAGAUAAAUGAAUUACUCCAGAUAAGAUAAUCCUGUCAUGGAUAAUAUAAUUAUUUGCCCCGGAAAGGUGUGAAAUAUAAUUAAAAAGUAAUUUCAGAACGAGAUCCGAAUGAUUGCCAAGGAGCAGAUACUGAAGGAGCGGAUGGCGGACCAGAAAAAGCUAAUUUCCGGCUUAAAGCGCCAGAUCCAUGACGUCCAGAGGCGGCUGGGAUAUCUGCCGAGCGGGUUUACGUCGCUAAUGCCUACGCCUCUGCUCACACCAGCUCGGAGUCGUUCGUCCAGUCUCAGAAGGCGAUCUUCUCGGAUCUCCGUCCAAUCGGGGCAAUCAGAGCAAAAGACGGGCAGAUCAAGAAGUCAUUCCAAUGUUCUCCAAUCAAAUGCGGCAAGCAGAAGACAGUCUACAGUACCCCAAAAACGUGGAUCAGUGAUUUCUUCAAGGCAAGGGAAAGGUCACACAAAUCAGUCUAGGAGAUCGUCCAAACAGAUCAUUAAAGACGUGAACGAUCCAAAGAAUGAUGACGAAAUUAUUGGUGAUAUUGAUGUAACUCGUGAUGAUCAAGAACGUCCGACCGAUGAUACAACAUCCGUGGAGGUUGUGGAGGCCCCACCAAAGAGCAAGGAGUCAUCGAGGAGAUCAUCUCAUAGUUCAGUACCUGAGAACGACAAGACAGCCGCUUAA